AUGUCUGACCAAGAGUAUACUACUUUUCCUCUGUGUGAAUACGCCUUCUUAGAGCGUUCAACUCAUGCUAUCUACAUAUUGCUAUGGCUUAUCUUUCAUGCCUUCAAGUGCGAUAAUUUGAGUGCUUUAAAGCCGAGUCGACUCUUUGCGUUCGACCUCAAGUCGAUAAUGACAGUAUUAAUAAUUCUUUCGUUAUUAUUGAGUGUAGUAUAUAACGCCUUUCUCACAAAAAUAGUAUACGAUGAAGGAUUCAUCGUCGCUGACAAAAUAAGGCUCAAGACACGCGAUGAGUGGACUCCUGAGCAUCAACAGUGGGAAGCUUCACUCGAUUAUGUUCUUAUGGUAAACUUUGGUAUGCAAACUUGUGUAUUUUAUCUCCUUCAAUGUUUCUGGGAUUACACAUCACAAGCGAUUAGCCGCCAACCCAUAAUGUCAUCAAUGGAAUAUCGAGGCUAUAUUGUCUGGUCAACGGUCUCUGCUUUUGGCUUCCCCAUCAUCCGACUUAUCCUGCGCAAUAGGGACGAUCUUAAAGACAUGGUACCAUUAAUGUUCUUUGCAGUACAGGUUCUUGGUGUCGCUAUUCUCCAAAUACAAAUUUACUAUCGAUUCAAGAACCUUAUCGAAACCUCAAUCGCAGUCAAAAAUUCCACCUUUAUCAUAGCCAAAGCACGAUACUUUGUAGAUCUGAUCAAGAUACUUAUUGGUUCGCUGUUCAUGAUUAGUAUCAGUGUGCUCAUACUUUGUAUUGAUUCGCUUGCUGGAGGACCGAUAAAGCAGAGCACCUUUGCAGUGGAUGUAUUGAUAGCUCACUAUUGUUUUGCUCAAUUGAUCACAUGGAUUGUGUUGGUUUUGAUAGUUUAUCCAAGGAAGGGAUUUGUUGGCACGGGAGGGAAUCCGGAGCACUUGAGUUCAGUCCAAACUGAUAGCUUCCAAGACGUUGGAAAAUUCAUGUCGACGCCUGCAACGCAAGGGUCAGGAGCUGGGUUACCUCGUCAAUCGAUAUCUCUCUCUACUGACGCCUACAAAACACGUUAUUCCGUAUCUCCUGACGUAUCAAGACAGCCGCAAACUCCUGUCAACAUCAUGUCCUUUCCUGGCAACCCGCUUCGGCGUAAUCUCUCAGUAUCAAAAGAUGGAAGAACAGUAUACGCAGAGACCAAGACAUUGGGGAAAGUUAACGGCUCGGAAUUUGUUGCCGUCGAAAAGGCAGAUCCGAGUCUUCUUGCGAGUUAUUACCUUGCAAAUGAUGAUGCGGGACAUGCAGAUAGAAUACAAGGAGAAUCUAUGCCUGUGAAUGGGUUAUCAAGCGCGAAUACUACGGCGGCCCCGCAAACGAAAAAUGUGCAACCACAGCCAAUACAGCCUUUUCACAAACUCCAGUUACAAAUAAAUGCUCAGCAGGGACGACAAGAUCCAAAGUCGAUGCAAGGAUCAAAGAGCAACGUUGUUAAUAAUAGUUCCACAGGUCUGCCCGAGCAGCAGUCUUCUCACAAUAACUCUAAUGCCUCAUCUCCAACAUCACUUCUUUCCGUUACAGCACCAUUCUCGCAACCACUCCGUCCGGCUUCGCCAACGCAUCCAAGUACUCUUCUUCGUUCUCUCCAGUUUCCCUCCCAAACAGCUUCUCCAAAGCGAACCUCUAUACAAUUGACGGCCGCGCGCAACUCGGUAAUCUCACAAACAUCUCACGUGGGCGAAUAUAGUAGGAGGAUGUCGUCUGAUAGUACGGCACCGUCUACAAGAACAAUAUUGACUCGAACAACAACGCCCGAUACACCAAACGAAAGGUCACCGAUUAGAAUUUUUGCUAGUACGGUCACGACCACUACUAUACAAAAUGCAAACGAUCAAGAAGAGGAUAGAAUAGGGAGACGAAAUUUAAUAAGAGACAUUGACAACCUUGAAAAUGACCUUGACGCAGAUACAGAACGAUAUCCCACGCCAGGUGGUGAACCGGGUGGAUACAGUAGUGACGAGGAAAUAAUUAGCGAAGCUAAUAGCAGUGACACGGAAACCGGUGGAAGAAGUCUGAGGAAAGCAAAUCUCGAGUCUGCGAUUGCUGGAACUGGACUUGGCACGUCGGGGCGUGUUGUUGGAGAUAAGGAUAGUGCCAGAAAUAGUGUUGGACAAGUCAGCGAGGCAGAGAGUGAAUUGUAUUGGCAUGCUAUGUGA